GGCUGCUCCCCGGACCCUUCCGCCGCUGCCUACGAUGUAUCACAACAGCAGCCAGAAGCGGCACUGGACGUUCUCCAGUGAGGAGCAGUUGGGGCGCCUCCGGGCCGACGCCAACCGCAAGUUCAAGUGCAAAGUAGUGGCGAACGGGAAGGUUUUGGCAAAUGAUCCAGUCUUUCUUGAGCCUCAUGAAGAAUUGAUCAUCUGCAAAUAUUAUGAAAAAAGACUAUUAGAUUUCUGUUCCAUAUUUAAGCCUACAAUGCCAAGAUCUGUGGUGGGUACAGCAUGUAUGUAUUUCAAGCGUUUUUACCUCAAUAACUCAGUGAUGGAAUAUCACCCUCGUAUAAUAAUGCUAACUUGUGCAUUUUUGGCAUGUAAAGUAGAUGAAUUUAAUGUGUCCAGUGCACAAUUUGUUGGAAAUCUAAGAGAGAGUCCUCUUGGACAAGAAAAGGCACUUGAACAAAUUUUGGAAUAUGAACUUUUACUUAUUCAACAGCUUAAUUUUCACCUUAUUGUACACAAUCCUUACCGGCCAUUUGAGGGUUUUCUCAUUGACUUGAAGACUCGUUAUCCAAUACUAGAAAACCCAGAAGUUCUAAGGAAAACAGCUGAUGACUUUCUAAAUAGAAUUGCUUUGACAGAUGCUUACCUUUUAUAUACACCUUCACAGAUUGCUCUGACUACCAUUUUAUCCAGUGCCUCUAGAGCUGGAAUUAACAUGGAAAGUUACUUAUCAGAAAGUCUUAUGCUGAAAGAGAAUCGAACCUGUUUGUCACAGUUAUUAGAUACAAUGAAAUGCAUGAAAACCUUAGUAAAGAAGUAUGAACCACCAAGGCCUGAGGAAGUUGCUGCCCUCAAACAGAAACUAGAGAAGUGUCACAGUGCUGAGCUUGCAUUUAAUAUAAAUAUAAAAAAGAGGAAAGGUUAUGAAGAUGAUGAGUAUGUCUCAAAGAAAUCUAAGCUGGAAGAGGAAGAAUGGACUGAUGAUGACCUUAUAGAUUCUCUGUAACUUGAUGAGUGUUAUUACCAAGUGUUAUGUUGGAACAUUUAAAGUUGAAUUGUAAAGUUUACCACUUCCACUGAGAGAUAAUCUGGGUGAUUAUCUUAAUUAUAAGGUGUACAGUAAAAAUAAUUCCCUCUUAUUAAACUUUUUCUA